AUGUGCGGUCACGGAAGCUCACCGUCGCCACCCCCGUCAGACGAUGGAUCCCAUGACUCAGACAGUUCUGAAGGUUACGAUGAGCCAAGAUUAACGCCUCAAGAACUAGGGGCUUUGUUUAUCGACUUCUAUUCGUUCAUGACCACACUCAAUUACGACAAAUCCGAUCUCAAGAUCCCUCCACCAACCGGAUGGCCAGAGAUCACAUCUGAGUCGUGUGGAUAUUUCAAGUCCGACUAUACUAUCGAGGUUAUGCGCCAUCUGCCUUACCUCAAUAAUAAAAGCACAGCCCAAAUACACUAUAGAUCUAAACUCUUAGAGCUCACUGUCUGGACCGCUAUUGAUUUUAAGAAGCAUAGCGAAACCCAUGAAGCUAUGGAGUUCUGGUCAUCAGAGGAUGAGCAGGACCCAAGCGAUGUUAUCUGCUUCGCUGAAGGCUAUGGGAGCUACGGCCGCGGGCUGUGGCUUCUUGUUAAAGAUUGUGAGAUAAUUGAGGAAUUGUCAGAGGCAGAUGUGUUAUCUGCAGUUCCAGUCGAAGAAUUCUUUGCCAAUCUCAAGGAACAGUACGAAACCUUGAAGCUCAUUCCUGGAGAGCGUAGGAUUAUGAUUGAGGCGGAAAAUGUACCCGACCGCAAAGAACGAAUCACAGAGGACGAGGUGAACAGUCAAACGCAAGAAUGGGGAACAGACCUGGAUAUCCAAUAUGUGAGGCAGAUCUAUCGUGACCAUGGCUGGCCGCAUUCCUUCAAUCUGGAAACGGCUUCUAGAGCUAUUGGUAAUUGGCUGGAACCUUCUGGGGCAGCUGUGGGAGGAGGACCUAGAGGCGAAAGCUGGCCACACAGCUCGGAUGAUUGGGUUGGAAUGCCAUAA